CUACCCCCACCUCAUCUAUCACCCUCACCUCAUCUAUCACCCUCACCUCAUCUACCCCUCACCACCACCUCACCUCAUCUACCCCUCACCUCAUCUACCACCCCCACCUCAUCUACCACCCUCCUGAUUACCAUCUGCUAA